AGACGAGACAGAGAGUUAUUCAGUUUAGAUUUUCUUAUAGGAUUCUUAUUGGUUCUACAUUGAAUUAAAUUAAUUUUAAUUGAAUAAAAUUAAUCAUAAUAUUUAAACACUUAAUCUGACCGGAACAAGGAUUAUCGGCUAGGUACUUGAAUAAGUACCUACCUUUGUACAUCGGACCUUGAAGACCAAUUGACAAAUCACGAAGCAAUUGAUGACAUUUAUAAAUGUCACAAAAAUCCACCAUAGAACCUUCGUGUGUUUAAACAAUUAACGUUACUAAAAUUAAAUAAAUUUAAUACGAAAUGGCUACGCCGGCAGACGUUCGCGCGUUAUUUGAGGCUCGUUUAAGAGAGUCCAACGCGGAUUUUCAUCCAGCCGAUCUUGAACGAGUGAAAGACGACAAAUAUAUCAAGCGAAUUCUUACUCAUCAAGAGAAAGAUGUAAAGGAGUCCGCCGAUAUGCUCUGGGAUAUUUUAACUUGGAGAAAAAGCGUCGGCGCGUCCGAUAUUAAUGACAGUAACAUACGUUUAGACUAUGUGAAGGAAGGACUUUUUUUCCCACGGGGUCGAGACGUCGAUGGCUGUUUGCUACUGAUUUUUAAAUCGAAAAUGCACGUCAAAGGUCAAAGGGAUUACGAAGAAAUAAAAAAAAUAAUGAUUUAUUGGUUCGACAGAGUGGAAAGGGAAGAAAAUGGUAAGAAAAUUUCAAUGUUUUUUGAUAUGGAUGGCAGUGGAUUAGGAAAUAUGGAUAUGGAGUUAGUUAAAUACCUGAUCACACUCUUUAAAUGCUACUAUCCAUAUUUCCUCAACUAUAUAGUAAUUUACAACAUGCCAUGGGUCCUAUCUGCUGCAUUUAAGGUUGUCAAAACAUUAUUGCCAGCAAAAGCUGGAAAAAUGAAAUUUGUCACAAAAGAUACUUUGAAGGACAUAGUAGCGCCAGAACAAGCUUUAACCUGCUGGGGAGGGAAGGAUAACUAUGUUUUUGAGUUUAUACCUGAGAAUAGAAGUAACACAGAACACACUCCAAAGAAGGUGACAUUUGCCGAACAAGGUGAUGGGCAACAUUCCCCUGGAGAGAUGUUACGACUCGUUCCAAACGACACUAUAACAUUUAAGUAUGAAAAUGAUGAUAUAUCUGGCCAGUUUACGAUCACCAACAUGGAUGAGAGUGCUAUUUCCUUCAAAAUAAGAACUACAUCUCCAGAGAAGUUUAGAGUCCGGCCCAGCUCGGGAACACUUGUCCCGGGAGCGGUCCAAACAGUAAUCAUAGUUGUGCAACCAGGCUUCCAACUCAGAACAGUAACAAAGGACAGAUUCUUGGUAAUGUCAGUACAGAUACCGAAAUCUGAUUUGUCACCAAAAGAACUGGCCGACGUGUGGCAAAACUCUACAAGCAGUAAAGUGGAUGAGUAUCGCCUCAAAUGCCACUUCCCAGACAAGGAAUUGCCCAAAAAUGGAAAUGUUGUUGAGAAAAUUCCAGAAAAAGAUUCAGUUACCAACGCACUCAAUAAUUUGCAAGUUAAUUAUGAGUUGUUACAACGGCAACUGCAGAAGCUCAAGGUAUUCCAAUUUCUUACUCUAAUGAUGACAGCAGUCGCUGUUGUUCUUGGCUAUUUGAUAUACAAAAACACAAGUGAAGAAGGAAGGUAUUGCGAGCGAAUGUAGCCUUUAAACCUAGUGGUGUUUGAGGCCACUUUGGAGGCUGAGGUGGUACUCAGUCUGUUCUUAGCUGUCAUAUUUACGGUUAAUGUUAUAAUUUAUUUGAUUUAUAUGGAAGUUGUUUGUAAGAUUGAGAGGUUACAUGUGAGAGAAUUGGUAGGGUAGGUGGAUAAGUAAGUCUCUAUAACUAGUUCCUAACGUUUUCAAUAUUGUUACCCCUGUGAUAUAUAUAUAAUAAUAUCAGCCCUGUAUUAUAUACUGUCCCACUGUUGGGCACGGGCCUCCUCUACUACUGAGAGGGAAUAGGCCACGCUGGCCUAGCGCGGAUAGGUAGACUUCACACACCCUCGAAAAUUCCUAAUAGAGAAUUUCUCAAGUAUGUAGGUUUCCUCACAAUGUUUUCAUUAUUCACAAAGAAUACACACAUCAUUUUUUAGAAUAGUCAGAGGUGUGUGCCUUUGAAAUUUGAACCUGCGGACAUACCCCUGUGAUGUAUGUGGAAAACUAAUUUUACCGAGCCUUCGAAAUGUUAUCAAAACAAUACAAACAUCUUUAUAAAUCAUAAAGCACAACAGCCUUACAAUUUGUCAGCUCUGUUACUUUUUUUUUACAAUUCUAUAAUUAGGUUCUUUAGGCUGAUUCUAGAAUGACCACUUGCAAGCCAAUGUAUCAAGUUUUAUUCUAACAUAGUGGUUGCUCUCUGGGCUGAUAAAAAUAACCUAACAGUGACUGGUCUGCCUGUUGUAUGCUCUGAAGAAUUUUGUACCAGAAUUUGUAAAUAAGUAUACAAUAAAUGGAUAUCUGAAGCUUGCAUAGUUAAAUGAUUUUUUCCAAUUGCGAGCAGUUUUUUGUCAGUUUAAGUACAUUUAAAGGCCUUGAUGUUAAUAUAAAUACUCAUCAAUUAAUGUAUUACACAGCUAAUAUAGAUGGUUCUAAUUUAUUAAGAAACAUAAUCAAAAGAGUGACUUUUGUACUUGGUCAUAUCUGAAGGUUGCAUAAUUAAAUCAUAUUUUCCAAUUGCAAGAAGUUUUUUGUCAGUUUAAAUACAUUCAAAGGCCUUGAUGUUAAUGUAAAUACAUACCAAUUAAUAGAUUAAACAGCUUAUACAGUUAGUUCUAAUUUAUAUGGAGACAUAAUUGACAAAGUAAAUUUUGUAUUUGGUCUUAUAUUCGAAGCAAUUACUGGCUAAGACAGACAAGUAUAAGCUGGGCCACGAAAUAAAAAACCUGCUAGAGACACCACUUUAUUCUUUAUAAAUAUACAGCCGUAUAAAAUUAUCGCAAAGCUACGCUUAGUUAAAACACAAAUUUACUUGAUCAGCUGUGAGUCAAAACCCGCUAUCUUGCCUCUUGGUUUAAACUAGUUACCGGUGAUGUUUUUGACAGCUAUUUAAGCAAUUCUUAACCAUCUCUUAACGCUAAAACAAGUUUAUAUGUCAGUACUAGAUAUUAGGUCUUGACUACAACGGAAAGGUUUACAUUUUUCAAUUUUUCUCCUAACUGGCUCUAUUGAUUUUUCUUAUCAGACUAUAAAUCUUUACUAUAUCUUCCUUUCUAUAGAGCUGUCAUUGUUGUAUAACGCCCAAAUCAUUCUAUUACACACAAACACCAUCGUUAUGCAUUUAUCCCCGAAGGGAUAUGCAGAGGCGCAACCAGGGCACCCACUUUUCGCCAAGUGUGUUCCGUCCCAUGAUGUGAUAUGAGCCUAUCGCCAUAUCGGGCUCAAAUUCCAAACUCCGGGCUGAUACUGAGCAGAAAAACCCAAAUAUCACUUCCCGACUUGGGAUUCGAACCCAGAACACAAGAGCGCUGUCGUACCGUGCAUGCAGUACAACUACGCCACCGAGACAGUCGGCCAGUCAAUUCAUUCUGUUAUGUUGAUUUAACAAUACAUACUUUCACAAUAUGCAAGCAAAUGUUAUCUAUGAGUUAAGAUAAGAAAAUGUUGAAUGUACUUUGUUUACCAAUUUGGAACUGACUUGUAUUUGAGCGUAUACUAUAGUAGUUUUUACCUGCUGCCCCGCCUGCGUGCAGAAGUUUUUCUGGUAUAAAUAUGAAAAGGAAUAAAAGAGAAUGGCGCAAGGGGAAAAGUAGUUUCGUAUUAGUGAAAAAACAGCGAUAGCCUAGUGUGUGGAACGGACUGCCGAGACGAAUAUCCGCAGGUUCAAAACCCAAGGGCACACACUUCAGAGUUGUCUAAAAAAAAAAUUGUGUGUAUUCCUUGUGAAUUAUCGCUUGCUUUAACGGUGAAGGAAAACAUCGUGAGCAAACCUGCAUACCUAAGAAAUUCUCUACAGAAAUUUUGAGGGUGUGUGUAAGGCCUAAUCUCUCAGUAGUAGAGGAGGCCCGUGCAGCAGUGGGACAGUAUAUAAUACAAGGCUGAUGAUGAUGAUUAGUGAAAAAAAAAUCAAAUCAGUUUAGUAGUUCCCGAGAUUAACCCGUUCAAACUCUUCAACUUUAUAUAUUAGUGUAGAUUUCACAAUUACUAUUUACUUGAACAUCGUAAAAUAUGCCCUGUUCUUAUUUAAAAAAUGGCUCCAUCGUUUCAUCAGUGAUUUUGCCAAUGUCAAGUAGGUAGGAGUAAAAAAUAUUGGCAUAAGUUUAUUAAAACAAUUUUCGAUCCGAAGUGAACUAAAAAAAGAUACCAACGACAAAGAGUAAUUGGGAUAACACAUUUGACAUUAGUGUAGACUAACUAAGCACACGCAAUUACAGGAGCGGACAGUAUAGAAAAAUAUGCCCUCAAAAAACUCAAUAGAUAUUUAGAGACUUACUUAUCAUAACUUAUCAAAAUUAUGUAAAAAGGUAAGGUAAUAGUGUUAAGUAUUUAUGUAUUUUUAUUACGAAAGGUUCUUGGUUGUAAUAGAAUAGUGUAGUGUACUUCUUUUUAAAAUACAUUUAUCAAAAAAAUAAGUUUUAAAGUUUUAAAAUUUGGUGAAAAAGGAAGCUGUUAAAUAACAGUAAUAGCAAACUGUGACGUCAUCGACGUGACCGGCUGUAGCGCCGCAUGCGUGAGAAAGAGAUAGUGCGAUACCAACCACGUCCCAACUUUUUAUCACAAUAUUUCGUUAAUGAAUAACUGCUUCAUUUUUCAACCAAGUUUGAUGGUGAUUUCACAGAUUUUUUUUUAAUUAUUUUCUGUUACUUAUAAAAUAAUGUAUAAAGUCAAAAAAAGGAAACUAUAUUAUAGUUUUUACGUAUAUUAUAGGUAUGGUUGUAUUAAGUAGUUGUGUUUGCCGGCCUGAUAUCUGUUGUCCUUUAUUUGCUGUUUUAAUCUGUAAAAAACAUUUUUUUAAUUGUAAUCGCUUGAAAUCGUUCUUUCUAUCCUUUUAAAAAAUAUGAUUGAAAAUACAACUGGUUUGAAAACAGGAGUAUUGACUCACUUCAGACCGGUCAAAGAGUGGAAAUUAAUUGAAGAUAUCAGUGGUGGAUUUAGGUUCUGGGGAUUAGUUGCUAAGCCGUUCCCAUCAUCUAGUUUCCUAGAUAAAUAUCAAAUUAAACUUGAUGCUACAUACCAGCUGGGCCCUUAUUCUGUAUGAUAGUGUAAACGCCUAACGCGGCCGUGUCAUGUUAUCUUCGAGUAAUGUGCGUGGAAUAGUAUUCUGUAAGCCAAAUUUCUAUAGUCCUAAACAUGACGCGUUGUGUUACGUGCUUGUUACACACUGUCAAAAUAACGUGCGGGAUAGAGAAUAAGGCCCCUGACCCGACAGAUGUUCUGUCUAACUAUGCAUUUGAAGCGCGCAUUCUGUCAAUCGCUGACAGUUAUUUCAAACAACUGACAGUUAUGUAAAAUUAUUGUUGUUAAGUUUUCUUAAAUUUUCUAAUAAUCUGCGCAAUUUUUUGAAUUUUUUCUUUCAUAAGAGCCAUCUCCUGACAAUAAUAAACACAACUAAAAAAAAUUUAGUGAAAUCGGUCCAGCCGUUCACGUGUGAUGGCGUGACCAAGGGAAAUGGGGAUUCAUUUUUAUAUAUAUGCUACAUAUUACUAUAAGUUUACUGAGUCAAGGGUAUUAAGUAGAAUAAUCAGUCCUUUUUUGUCCUGUUUUAUUUGGAUAUAAUAUUGACGGUUAAAAGGCUUUAACUUAAACGAUUUUUUUUAAUUACACACACAAUAUCACGCAUUUAUCCCCGAAUGGGUAUGCAGAGGCGCAACCAAGGCACCCACUUUUCGCCAAGUGUGUUCCGUCCCAUGAUGUGAUAGGGGGCGAGCCUAUCGCCAUAUCGGGCACAAAUUCCAGACUCCGGGCGGAUAUUGAGCAGAAAAACCCAAAUAUCACUUUGCCCGACCCGGGAUUCGAACCCAGGAACUCAGAGCGCUGUCGUACCGCGCGUGCAGUACAACUGCGCCACCAAGGCAGUCAAUUUAUAAUUAACUUAAAAAAAAUAAUAAAAAAAAAUAGCCGAUUUUAAAUUUGUAUUACACUUAGUGUCGGUAAGAAAUGUCGCUUAAGUAAUAAGCCUUCUAACCGACGAUUUUAUAAAUCAAGCAAACACUAUAGACUUAGUAAUAAAGUUAUAAAUACCUUAGGGAAUGGAAAAUUCAAUAUUCGACAAAGUUUGUUAUAGCCAGUGUAACUACUGGACAUAUUUAACAUCUCAUGUCUCAGACGAGCGCAGUGGAAUACCAAACACUUUGUAAUUCAAGGUGUUGUUUCUACUGUUUAUGUUCGUAUCGCUUACCAUCAGGCGAACGGCAAGCUCGUCUCGUCAUUCAAAGCAAUAAAAAAUUACAGUCCACAUGCUAUUCUAUUGGACAUUCGCUACCAUCACCUGCAUUGGGGUCACUUGCUGUGAUUGAACACAACACAAUUGGCGGAGUAAUCGCGUAACACACAAAAGAAAGCAGUCGAAUUGGCACCUCCUCCUUUUUAUGAAGUCGGUUAAAAAUCGAAAAUAGUUAAAUACCCUAAUCCAUAAGAGUAGUUUGUAUACGCUGUAAAACAUUAAGUAGCUAAUCUUACUUGAGUAAUUGUUUCGAAACUUAUUUGAAAUUAUCAGUUCGUUAGUUCUUAUCAAUAAUUGCAUAUAAUUUCAACAUGUUAAGAUAAAAUGUGAGUAAUUUGAAAAAUAAUUUCACGUAUUUAGUGUAAAUGCCUUGUUCACCAGUGGCGAAGUGUCGAUGCAACCCCUACCGGCUUUCCUUUUAGGUUUAUUUACGAUUGUCUACGUAAUAUUUUGAAAAUUUUUAAGAGGAACAACUCUGUCAUUCAUGAUUGUUGCGUAAUUUUAACCGUUUACGCAGCGCACGCAACGGAAGCUCUCAAUAGGAGUAAUGUUUCCCCUUUUUUACAACAUUGAUGCUCCGUUCCUAUUGUUCAUAGCGUGAUGUUAUAUAGCCUAUAGACUUCUUCGAUAAUUGGGCUAUCCAGCACUAAAAGAAUUUUUCAAUUCGAACCAGUAGUUCUUGAGAUAAUCGCGUUCAAACAAACAAACUCUUCAGCUUUAUAUAAUAGUAUAGAUCAUUCACACUUUCGUAAAUAUUAUGAGGUGUGAUUUCUCCCAACGUUGCUAAUUCGAUCUUAUGUAAAACGUGUUUAGAAUUUUUUUGCAGUACCAAUUGUUUUUUAACGAUUUCUCUCAAUUUUUCCUUCACAGGAUGUUCAGCAAACAUAAGUAUUAUUUAAUCAGGGUGAUUUAAAAUUUAAUAAAAGCAGGGUUUUUUUAUUUGACGAAUUUAAACAAGCUCAAGUCGUUUCGGAUAACAACUAGCGAGAUAUUGAAGAAAAAACUUUUUUCUAUCACGGGAGGGACUACUGACCUAGCCUUUAAAGGUUAUAGCUCACCCUUUGAGGCUGUUUGGUGAGCCAAAAACCUCUUUGUAAAUGUCAAAUGGUUUUGGGACAUUAAGGGACUGAUAUCUUUAAAACGCACAUAAAAUGUAAAUAGGGAUGAACAGGCUUUAUAGAGUGAAAAAUUUUGUUGGUAUAAGGUAAGUUCGGAUUAACGGGUAAGAACGAUAUAAAAUUACUAACAAAUUCCAUCCUUUUCUAUAUUAAGUGAACUGUAUAUUUGUCCUAUAGUAUUAUUUGUAGUGCCUCCGGUGCCCAUAACACAAGUUAAUUUUUACCAUGGGCACGGGUUACUAAUUGUUUUGUCCUGUACAAAAAAAAAUAACAACGGCUGAAUUGAGGUACUAAUUGGCACUUCGGGCUGUUUGUGUUAAAUAUCGGAUUUAAUUAUGUUUGCCCAACGGUCUAACCCGUGAUCCGAAUUUACCCCCACAUUUAGCGCAAUUUAUAUAGAACAGUGUACAUAUUUUAGCGUUAAAUUUUGCAUUUUUGUCAUGAACAAUUUUUGUUAUUGAUCAGACUAAUGAACCAAGAUUUAUAAAUAUUUUAGGCCUAAUAUAUUUCAUGUACUUUGAUACGUAUUGAGUAAAUAUACUCCAGGCAGGCCUAGUAAGGGUACUCCUGGCAAUGUUAUGUUUUAUUUUAAAUAUUUGCUUUUAUAAUUAUUUCUUAUGUUUACGCGAAUGUUAGACGUUGAAAUUAAACUACUUUUCGGAUUCUAUCGCAGUGUUGCUUGUAGUUUGUAACCGUUCAAAUUACAAACUCUGUUUUUCUUUUGUUUACCCGAACGACAUUAAAAUUAAACUGUUUUUCGGAUUUUAUCGCGGUUUUGAUAUGUCCCCGCCGUGACAUUCAAGGCUGCAAAGUCUUCGAAACGACGGGAGGAAAAUCCGAAAAAUUGUUUAAUUUUAAAAAGUCUGUUAUUAAAAAAUUGUUGUAUAAAUAAUUAAACAAUGAAAAUGACGACAGUAUAACAGAAAUAACUGUAAUUCACUGAUAAGAUUGCUGUCUAUUCUUAGCUAUAGUUGAAUGACUGUAAACAUACUUAUCUAUAAGCGUUUUAAAAUUGUAUGGUUGGGAAAUUUGAUGUCGAUACUCUAGCAAUUGGGGUAACUCAUUCUAUUUACUUCCCGUAUACUUUGUCCGGCUGUCAAAAUGAUUUAGGAAAAUAGACUUUAUUUCAUUAUAAUAAAGUGGCUCUCAAAGGGCUGCUAUUGGGGUAAUUCAUUGAAUGAACUCUUACAGUGUAAUCAAAAUUAAAGAAAAUAGACUUUAUGUUAUGCCUACUAAAAUCGCUCUUAAAGGGCUGUCAUUGGAGUAAUUCAUUAAAUGAAUUAUUGCCAUAUAUUUUCCGGCUGACACAAUAAUUAACGAAAAUAGACUUUAUUUCAUGAUAAUAAAGUCGCUCUUAAAGGGCUGCUAUUGCGGUAAUUCACUGAAUGAACUCUUACAGUGUAUUGUGCGGCUGUCAAAGAAUUAAAGAAAAUAGAAUUUAUUUUAUGCCCAAUAAAGUCGUUUUUCAAGUGCUGUCGGCGGUUGCCUAUCAUUGACGAUUUAUGGGAUUACUUUAUUACAAUCUAAAUGAAGAUGAUUGUUGGGUGUGGAGACGCAUUUGUAUCUAAUGUUUUAACAUUCCAUGUAUAAAUAUAGCGUGUUUUGCAAAAAUCAACCAAAUGGGAAAUACCACAGUGGCCGACGUUAGUGGGUUGCUUUUCGGGAUCAGCUUGUGUAUAUCCGGUUUCAACAGGCAUAAUUGUGUCGACUGUCGAGGGGCAAUCAUCUCUCGUCAGUCGACAUUCCAUCGGACCUCAAACCCCAAUAAAAAAACCUCUUUGUAUUUGUAAGCAUGAUUUUUGCAUAACACGUUUAAAUAGUUAUUGGAAGUUAUGUAAAUUUCUGAAUUACAUGUAAGUAUAGCUCUCCAAAAUAUUAGUCUAUGUUGAUACUAUAGUGCUAAUGGUAAAAGAAAUAUAUAUUUAAAACGGACGUUAUAUUUGUAAGUUUUUCAUCCGUAAGUUUUUUGCGUAAGUUGCUACAUAGUUAUCGUAAACUUCGUAAGUUUGUAAUAUGCCCUAUUUUGCGCAACUUUUUGAACAACUUACGUAUGUAACUAUUAAAAAAACUUACAAAGGUAAAUCCCUCUCUAAGAAAAGGGAAAAUAUAACCCUUUGAAUAACUAGUAAAAUUGGGUUACGGAUAUGGUGAUCGGUGAUAGGAAAGUACAUAUCGACGGUUGAGAGGCUAAUUGACUUAAACGAUAUUUUAUCAAGAAUUUUCAUUCAUCAUCAGCCCUGUAUUAUAUACUGUCCCACUGUUGUGCACGGGCCUCCUCUACUACUGAGAGGGAUUAGGCCUUAGUCCACCACGCUGUAGUGCGGGCAGACUUACACACCUCGAAAUUCCUAUAGUGAACUUCUCUUGCAGGUUUCCUCACGAUGUUUUCCUUCACCGUUAAAGCAAGCGAUAAUUCACAAAGAAUACACACAUUUUUUUUUUAGAAAAGUCAGAGUUUGCCCAAAAUUUUAAUUAGAAUAAAAAAAACAGAAAAAAAACGUGCUAAUUUUAAAUAUAUAUGACACUUAGUGUCGCAAAUAAUGUUGCUUAAGUAAAUGAGCCUUUCAACCGUCUAUAUUAUAGUGUAAACAUCAGUCUUUUACUAAUAUGAAUACAAUCAGAGUCCUAAUUCUCUAUGUCAAUGUCAACUAUCCGCGGCCGUAGUGCGUUAUCUUCGUCGAAAUGGGGUCCAAUAGAACGACUGACGAGCGAUGAUUACCCUCGAUAAACACAAUUAUGCCGGCCGGUUGGAAUAGGAUAUACACAUGUCGAAAACGCGACACACUUGUGUAGGCCACUAUGGUGAGUUUUGACACCUUUUGUACGGUGGUCGCUAUCCGGGCGGAUAUGAAAUAUAUACUACCACUAGCGGGAAAUUGGAUACACUAGUUCUCUGCCUACCUCGAGGAUAGUAGGCGCAAAGAAAUAUUUUGUAAUUUUUUUAAAAUUCUUCUAUCAAUGAUAGCUUAAAUGAUACUUAUUUCGGGUAGAAGACGAUGUAUUUCAUGUUUGCAUUCGACUUGUAAUAAUAUGGUGUGGGAGGAAUAUAAAUUAAUAUAUUAUUGUUUUUAUAGAUGGGAUGACGGGUCUAGGUAUUACUGGUCUAGGACAGUGAUGUCGAAACAAUUGCAGAGAGAGUCAGCUGUCCAUUUUCAUAAACUAAAGUAAAAACCAUAGUUGCCACAAGUUAGGCAAAGUAGCAAAACUGAUAAAGAAAAUGGCCGAAAAUGCCAAUAAUGUUGGGGUAAGUUCGGAUAAGAGAGGUAAGACCGCUUUAAAAUUACUUUAAACCGUAAAUAAGUUAAUCAACAUAGCCACUUGAAGUCUACCGCUGAACACUCAAGUUCCUUAAAGAUGUAAUUUAAUUUGUUCUAAAUGUAUUCUGUGACAAAUAUCUGUGGUACAUUACAAAUGGCACUUUAGCCGGUGUUAGGAAAUGCCGGGCUUAUCAAUAAUAAAAACGGUCUUACCCAAUGAUCCGAAUUUAGCCUAAAAUAUCUGAUAUAUAUGAAAAUGUUUUUUAAGAAUAGGUUAUUUUGCCAAUUGCAGAGAACGGGCCUAUACUAUAGAUAAAAUUUAAAUAUCCUUAACUGUAUAGUAGUUUAGAAAUUAAAUGUAAUUCGUGCUGAGGGUACUCGAAACUAAAAGAUUUUUAAAAAUAUUAUGUUUUCGCCUAGACCCGUGUUAUUGUAAUAAACUUAUUUCUAACCAAAGAGCUUCAUCACAAAUGGUUCAGCUUUAGAAAUUGUGUAUUAAAUGUAAUAAAACCUAAUUGGUAUAUGGA